GUCCUUACAUUCAUUGAAGAGUUCCUAGUAGCGUUCGGCCAUUCUUCUUAAUCAUGGACGUGUUCCUCGACGUUCUAGACACAUUCUUCUUCGACCGACUUUAUGCCCUGAUCUUGCCAGCAACCAAUCCAGUCGAAGAUACAGUCCGAGAGUCUCAAAAGCUCUACAACCAGAAUAUCGGCCGUUAUGUUCCCCUAGCCCCAUCCCCGUACGUGGACGCAAGUAUAUGGAAGAGAGACGAUAUCGUGCGACAGGCGACGUCGCUGUUCUUGAUUGCCUGGAUUUUCGGGCUGGCCAUGUACCUCAUUGGAAGCAUGAUAGUCUACCACACAAUGUUCGAUAAGCGGCUCAUGCGACACCCCCAUUUCCUCCCGAACCAAAUCCGCCUCGAGAUACGACAAGGUGUAACCGCGAUCCCCGUGAUAGCCAUAUUGACUGCGCCUUUCUUCCUAGCCGAGGUGCGUGGUUGGUCAAAGCUGUACGACUUUGCGAGCGAGGCUCCAUUUCCUGCGUACACGUGGCUGCAGUAUCCGCUCUUUGUCUGCUUCACGGACUUUGGAAUCUAUUGGAUUCACCGCUGGCUUCAUGUUCCGAUGGUAUACCGCUGGCUUCACAAACCACAUCACAAAUGGAUCGUGCCGUCGCCAUUCGCCAGCUAUGCAUUCCAUCCAGUGGACGGCUGGUCGCAGAGUCUGCCGUAUCACAUCUUCCCGCUUUUGUUUCCGCUGCAGAAAAGUGCCUAUCUAGGACUUUUUGUUUUCGUGACCUUAUGGACAGUGUUGAUUCGUAAGUCGAGCGUUUCCCGGGGGCAGUACCUGGGAAAGUAAUGUUUCUAAUGCCGUGCAGAUGACGCCGAGUAUCUCACUAAUUCUGUGGUUGUCAACGGGCCAGCCUGCCACACAAUGCACCAUUUGUACUUCAACUAUAACUAUGGGCAGUUCAUGACUCUCUGGGAUAGGUUGUGCGGGACAUACCGCAAACCUAAGGAGGAUGGUUUCCUGCAGAAGGAGAAUCUUCAGGCCCAAAGUAUCAAGAAGCAUGAAUAAGCUAGCAUUAUAUAGGUAAUAUAAUGUCAUAUAAG